AUUUGAGGGUGCUUGACCAGCAGAGAUUGUCUGUCGCUCUUUCUUCUUUGCGCUCCAACUCUUCCAAAGUGAAAAGCCGGCCGGAAAAGGAGGCACUGUUAGCUUUUCUUUCUCCAUUUCCUCACUCAUAAACACUAGCAACUAUGAACGCCAUCACCAACAUCUCUGCAAAACCAAACCUUAAACUCCCCCUCCCUUCCGGUCAUCGCCAUUCGAUCUUUUCUCGGCCCGUCUCUUCCCUCUCCCUUACGACCCCGCCUUCAGUGGAUUCGUCGACCUCCAUCAAAGCCUCGUCAUAUCCGCUCCCGCCAUCUUCUUCCCCUCAAGCUUCAAAGUCCAAUCUUUUCAGUUCGCUAAACCCUAGAACCGAACGCGGCGGAACCCCAACCGAAUCCGCAUUUCAAUUCCCCUUCUCCGUUCUCAAAAGCACCGUCGUUACCACCGUAACUGCAGCGGCGCUUUUGUUUGGCAGGUUUUGGGUCCAGCUAAAGCCGGCCAUUGCUUCCCCUGUCCUAACCACGGCCGCCGUGGAGUCUGCAGUCUUAAGCGAGGAAAAGGAGAGGGUCCUCGAAGAGAACUUGCUGUCCAACCCUAAUGAUGUCGAAGCAUUGAAGAAUUUAAUGGAGAUUAAGAUCCAGAACCAGAAAAUCGUUGAAGCUAUUGGGAUUAUAGACAGGUUGAUAGAGCUAGACCCUAGCGAUGCUGAAUGGCUGCUGCUGAAAUCCCAUUUACAUACCUACACAGGGGAGUUUGAAAUGGCGAAAAGGGGGUUCAAUGAGAUUCUCUCAAAGGACCCUCUUAGGGUUGAGGCUUAUCAUGGAUUGGUAAUGGCUGCAUCCAAGUAUGAUUCCAUUGAGGAUUUAAAGGAAAUUGAGAAAAGAAUUGAGGAGGUGAUGAUGCUGUUUGAGAAGGAAAAUAAAAAGGCAGAAUUGAGAGAUUUCAAACUGUUGAUGGCUCAAAUUAGGGUCAUUGAAGGAAAGCGUGAGGAGGCUUUGGAAGUUUAUAAAGAAUUGGUGAAGGAGGAGCCGCGGGACUUCAGGCCGUACCUAUGCCAAGGGAUCAUAUACACGCUGUUGAGCCAAAACGAUGAAGCCGAGAAGAAUUUCGAGCAGUAUAGGAGACUGGUUCCGAAGGGCCAUCCUUAUGCGAGCUAUUUUGAUGAAAGCAUGAUUGCAACAAAGGGGUUUGCACAAGAAGUUGAGAAUGCUAUAGCAGUGUCCAAGAACUGAAGGUUUAGUAGGUGUACUGCUCUUUUUGAUUGCAGAUUCUUGGUUUCAUGUGAAGUGCGUUACUCUCCAUACUCAUCCUUGAAAGUUGGAAGAAAAAAUUGUUGAUUAGAUCAUUUGUUCUUGGUCUUUAAUUUAAUUACAUUAUUCUAGUCUUUUUUGAAUGGAUUUUUACCUGACAAAAUAUAUGACAUUUUACUAUCAAAUUAGAAUAAAGAUGACACCACACCAUGUUAUGAAUUAUUAAAAGAUUGCCGAAUGCACACACACAUA